GCGGUUUUGGGGGGCAAUACAGCGAGGAAUUUUUCGUUUUCGCAACGCAGGCGACGCGCCGGUCGUGUCGUCUCCCCCAAGAGUGCGCGACCCGUUAAAAACCGCGUCUUGACCCCCUGGACCUCACCUCGCCUUCCUCCAAAUAAAGCAAGAAGCGGGCCGCGGAUCCGAGCGGCGGCGCGCGCGAAUCUCGACGAUGGGCGCGGCCGGCGCGGGGGCGAUCCGGCGGGCGGCGUCGGCGGCGGCGGACAGGGCGUGCUCGGCGGCGAGGGGUGCGCGGCGGGCGCUGUCCAGGUUCGCGCCGCGGCCGUCUGCGUUCGGCGCCGCGGCGGACGCGGAGGCCGCGGCGGUGCGCGCCGUGCGCAACCUCCGCACGUUCCGGUUCCACUACGCCGCGCUGCAGUGGGCGCUCCUCCUCGCGUCGCUCGCGCCGCGGCACAGGGCCUCGAUGCUCUUCCUCAUGGCGGCGUCCAAGGGCCUCCUCCUCUACGGGGGCCUCCUCAGGGUGUUCCCGAACUCGGCGCUGCUCCGGCGCCUCCUCGACGGCCGCCUCGUCGCCCUCGUCUUCGUCGCGCUCGUGCUCGCCGACCUCGCCGCCGCCGGCGCCAUCGCCAACCUCCUCGCCGCGCUCUCCGUCGGUGUCCCGGUCAUCGUGCUCCACGCGUCCUUCCGUGUCCGCGACGACCUCGAAGGGCCCUCGCUGUCGUCCUUGGCAACAGAGAACGGCGAGGAGGAGACGGCGGCCGUGGUGGAGAAGAAGGAGGACGGCGACGUCGAGGCAGGGCCGACGCGGCGAUCCAUGGCGACGGCGCCAAGAUCGCCGAAGUGACAAACACUAUAACUACGAGCUAUAGCUAAUUGAUCAUACGAUUCACAGGUAAUUGGCCAGAUCUGCCUGGCUGCUUCUUGAUAAAAAGUCAAUCUUGGCAUAGAAAUUUUUAGGAGAAAAAAAAAACUUCCAUCUGUAGAAUGUAUAGAUAGCGAGAGAGAGGCCCGGCUCAACUCGAUCUGAGAAGUUUCUUGGGAGACAUUCAUUCAUCUGUAGCACUAGAGGAUUGACCAAUAUUGAGUUAUUGAUCAAAUAUACAUUUGCAAGAAAUGACCAGAGCAUAUUUAUGUUGGAAA